AUGGGCGCCACUUGGGCCGUCGCGUUCUGGUUUUGUCAGAAGACGAUCCCGGAUGCGGUGGCACGGGAGAGGAAAGAAGUGGUGACCCCCGACGCCUACACGCUCUACAUCAGCGGCCUCCCGCGGCGCCUUGAGCAACACUUGCAGUACGAGCAGCUUUUAAAGGCUCACUUUGAGCGGAUGCUCAAUGCGGAGCUCACGCCGGAAAUCGCAGCGACCGGGGUCGAGGUGAUCAGCCGGGCGGAACAGUUCAUGUGCGAACCUCCCGCAAGGAGUUGUUCCUGGCAGCGAGACCUGGAUUCGCGUGGUCGCCGAAUCGGAGUGAUUUCCGACGGCUGCAAGGAUCAGGUCAGCUGCGAGGUGCGGUGGCCGAACUCGUCGUCGCAGCUGCUUCAGCCGGUUCGCGAACCCUUGAAGCGAGAGGAGUCCGGCGAAGGACACGGUUUGCUUGUUGCCGCCCUCCUUCAUCGUCUUGAGGCUGCGGAUUGCGCGCCGCCGGAGGGUGAACGAAAUACAGUGCACAAAGUCAGCUUGGUCCGAGAUUUCAACGGGAGACUCGGCCGGUAUCGGGCCGCAGUGGAGAGUGCCCAGAGGUCUCACCAGCAGAAGAAGCAGCAAAGGGGCAGCCGGCGGACAUCAGAGCUAGACGAGGCGGAGAAAGGCAAAAUACUACAGGAGCUCGAAGAGGUGAAGGUGGAGGAGCUGGAGGUCCUGGGAGCGUUCGUCACUUUCACCCAUGUGAAGCACAAGGAGUUUAUCAGCCAAGAGUACCGGUUCAGUCGCAUCAUGCUCCUGGGAAGGUGGUUGCAGGGUGAGGACCAGCGCUUUCAAGGCGAUGCGAUUCGGGCUUCCGAUGCCCCGCUGCCAGCGGACAUCUUCUGGGAGAACAUCGAUUGCCCAAAGAACAAAAGGAGGUUCAAGAAGGUUGUCAUUGCCGCUGCCUUUCUGGUGCUGGUCCUUGUAAUGAUACUCUGCCUCAGCCUGGCGAAGUGGGGCCGGGAAGAAGCACAGGCGCAAGGGAGCGGCGUCUGCCCUGCAGCAGCAGAUGCCACAGAGUCUCAACAGCUCUACUGCAAUUGCACUGCGGUUGGGAUACAAAAUGUUCUUCGCGACGUACCGCCUGGAACGCGGCAGGAGUGUAGUUCCUGGCUGGAGACGUACGCUUACUCCCAGGCGAUGAUGAUGCUUGCAGUGGCUUUCUCGUCUGUCAUCAACAUCGCUGCGGGAGUACUGAUAUCACUGAUUGCACACUUUGCGCAGCCACCAAACUUCACUGUCUUGGAGUCCCGCAUUAUGCAGAUGACUUUUGUCGUGAAAGUGCUGACGCUAGGAGUUGUGGUCACGCUUGUAAAUGCAGACUUCCAGUUCUACAUUGGCAGCUUUAAAGGCCUUUUGGGUCUACUGGGUGCUGGGCAGUUCAAAGACAUCGACAAGGCAUGGAAUGCAGCAGUGGGUGUCGAGAUCUUGACUCUGAUCGUUUUCAGCAUCAUGAACGAGAUAAUUGCCAUUGGCUUCGUUUUGCUCUUCAAGUUGAAGUGCUACUGCCUGGCGGGGCGGAAGGUUGACUGGCGAUCCAUGAAGGAGUUGUUUACGCCACCCCAGUUUGAGCUUGCCAACUACCACGCCGACCAGUUGAGCCUUGUCUUUGCUUGCCUGCUGUUCUCCAGUUGCCUACCGGCCGUGUUGAUCGUCCUCGCUGUGCGCUUGUUCUCCAUGUACUGGAUCCACAAGUUCGAGUUCCUGAGGGGCUGUUCGGUGCCUCCUCGGCACAAGCAGGAGCUCGCUCUUGGAAUGGCCCGCUGGGUUCAGAUGGCAGUCUUCUGCCACUGCGCGGUGGCCGUCUGGGUCUAUGGCUCAGAGGUGUUGAUGGUGCACUACGAGUCGAAGUUCGAAGCCGGCGCAGCGACAGACUACGCGACGCAGCUUGGAAACUUCCUGGGGGCUGAGGUCUCCGAUCUGGGUUAUCGCUUUUCUGGGCCUUCUGGGCAUAUCCUUGAUUUGGUGGGGCUCUGUAACGAGCCAACAUACCGCGGUCGGCCUCGGGACAAGGCCUUGUUGAACAAUCAUCACGGCAGUCGCGCUCCUAUGGCGCCGAAGACUGCCCCAAAAUCGGGCAAGCAGCCGGCCAAGGGCUCCGGCAAAGGUCAGGAAUUCCCCUCUUCCAAGUUGGAGUUUGGAUAUCCUGCGGCACUGAACACGGCGCUUCAAGCUAUUGGGGCCAGAGCAACCCAAGACCUUUGGCGUGGGCCCCAGCUUGGCGAUGGGGAUGCAACCGCCGAGCAACUCGCCCAGAGGCGGGCCAACCUGGUGUCCAAGCUGGCCAAGCGUGUGGAGGGCGAUGCUCGUGCCAAGCAAGCGCUCAAGGAAGCGCUAGCGGCUUGGAGUAUUUCGCUCGGCAACCAUCUCGAGCAGCUCCUCACUCGCGUCCGUGCUCUCAGCCACAAACUCGACGAGGACCUCGUCGAAGCGUGCGGGGAGCUCGAAGCCCAGACCAGGGAUGUGGCUUCCUCCUCUACGGACGACAGGAUCGCGGCUGCCAAGGCAUCGCUCGGGCCUGCUUGGAAUGUCAUACAAGAAGCCGAGGUGCUUCGGCUCGCGGCUGGUCUACGUGCCUUCGGCAGUGUGACGGCUGAUGGAAUGGCUGGCGGGCUGCUAACAGGACCUGCCACCAGUCAUGCUCCAUUCCCGGCCAGCGUCGAGGACUCCGAGAUCAGUUUUGGUGGAUGGAUCCCAGAGCUGGUGCCACCCUCAGGGCAAGACUCCGGCGCAAGUUCGGCCAGCAUCACGGGUGGUGCUCCUCCCCCCCCGGCAAGUUCAGCAUUGUUCCUUGCCGGGGAUCGACCGGCCACUCGUUGGAGGAAGAGAGGCAGCGGAGCUGUGGAACGCCCCUCCAAAAGCCCCCGUCGUGGACCUGCACCGGACACCGAAGUCGGCGAGCCGUGGGUGAGGACUACAACUGGCCUUACCCCUCAGGGAGUUUCCCGCCCACGCCAAACAACAGUGGAGGAGGACCCCGAGCUGAUCCCGGACAAGGGCGCGCUACAGGAGGCAUGGUGCCGCGCUUGGAUGGCUAUCCUAGCGAUGGUAGCGGAAAGUGGCGACGAUGUUGUCGGAGAGCUCUCUGUGUGCGACGAGCAGGAGACAGCGCUACCACGGCACGAGGACGACCAACCCAUGGACAAGGUGGUUGCUGCGGCAGACGAUCUGUGGAAGUUUCUGGUGCAGGUGGUGGCUGCCCCCUCCCUGGAACAGCUGGCAGCUCUACAUGCACGUCUGCUAACCUUGCUCUGCGACCUUCGAAGCUGUUCCGGUGCCCUUCCUCGCAUCCGCCAGGGACUGUUGGUCGCCAUCCAUGCGGCACUCGGCAGUCUGCUCGACCCGUUCAGCUACGCGAUAUCUGGCGACCGAGAUGUCCUCCAAUGCCCAUGCCCAGAUCCUGUGCAGAAUGCCUUGUCCGUUUCCCUUGGCCACAACAACUCAGCCCAGCUCUUGAGCGAUGGAGUCUCUGUUGACAUCGGCCCUGCUAGUCGCGAUCUUGGGGGCUACGUUUGUUCGUAUCUCCCAUGGAUCGCGGCUAGCCUUUUCCUCGGGCGAUGUCUGAUUCUGUACAUAGCUUUGUGCAGAGUUGUAGCGGUUUCAGGGAGGUUUAUUUCGGCAUAUGGUCCCCGCCUUUCUUGGCGCCGAGCAUGGCAGCUUGGCUGUGUUCUCUCUGCAACCGCUUGGUGGGUUGCUGCAGCAAUCGGACCGCCUGCCUCCAUGAUGCUGUGUGCCAUUAUCAGCGAGCUCCUUGCUGGCCUUCCUGGACUUGCCUUGGACUUUGGCUCUGCCCUAAGUUCGGCCGCUCAGCACUGUGUUCGGGUCCUCCCUGUCAUCGUUUCUGGACUUGCUGGCGUGUGGGACCGUUGCUGGACUUGGCUCCGCGGCAACGGGCACUCUGAUGGCGACGGUGAGCGGACAUGGCCUUCCCUCUCUUUCUGGCAUUCCCCUUUCGCCCUGUGUGGAUGUGUUAUGCCGGUUGGGGCCCGAUUUGCCGGUCGCAAGGUAAGCGGGGUGCGGUACUGUGCGAAAGUGCGACCACGGAGGUCCUGUGGCCCUAACUUCCAUGUGACUUUGCUCCUGCUCUACCUCUCGGUUGCUGACGGAGCUACUCUCCGUCUGGGUGCUGCUGUCCUUUCCUCUUACCUUGUGCAGCCCCCCGAAGCAGUGCAGUUGCAUGCGCAUGGGUUCCAUGAAGGCCUCCCUGUUCUCAGCACAGGUCCAGUCCUUCCCACUCCAAGUGCUGAUGAGAUGUGUGACGUCUAUCCAGUUGGCCGGACUGGUAACUUGCUGUUACCACGCACUGACCGUAGCCGCAGGCAUCUCGCGGUGUUUGUGGGGACACCCCCUGGAGCGCCUGUCCUCGACCCAUGUCCCAUUCCCUUUCUGGUUGAUGAAUGGCUGCAUGGGCCGCUGCUUCAUGCUAGGUUAGCCGCUGCUCUUGGUUUCCCUACUGGGGUCUUCGUUGUAUCUGGGGUCCGAGGAGUUCUUCCUGGGUUGCCGAGUGAACAGCUUCUCCUCACGCCAGCUGCUUGUUCAUGGCGGCAAGUGUGGCUGCCCGUCGAUUUGCGACAGCUUGGUGGCCGAGUGUGUAUGAUACAGUGUCCUCGUGACUCCACUUGCAGGGCGAUCGCCCAACUCGCCCUUGCUGCUCAAUCCCUGACGGCGGAGGUUGACCUUCUUCUUGCUCGUUGCACGUGGGGCUGGUUGACCCUUGCCUCCCAACCUCUCUUCUUGCAAGAUGUUGACACGCUGCAGUUUCAGAUUGGUCCGGCUGUUGAGGCUCUUCAGGGUCCUGUCGGAUCGUCCCUGGAUCCUCCCCUGUCUCUCUUUUCUGCGAUGCAGGUGAGCCUCCCAACUGCUCCGGCCGCCUACGACGCCUUUCCGGGUCACUCGCAUAACCAGGCCGUUCUUAUCACACCCAAUGGGUUAGUAUACGUUGAAGCCCCGGUUUAUGCUGACGCCGCGACCUUCCGACGCAUCGUGUCUACGCGGGCUUCCCCUGCCGCUACUGGUGGCGUUUUGCGGAUCUGGCACCCACUUCCCUCGCUCCCUCUUGUCCAGUUUCUUGAGGUUCACUGUGCUGAGGGUGAGGUGCCGUGCAUUUUGGAUUUCCGUCCUGUGGGCUGGAGACUGACUACUGUCUGCAUCUCGCCCCCUGUCACUGCGCUCGCCGCUGUCACCGCGGCUUCACGUCGGGAUCGCAACAGUCUUCCCCACGAAUGGGUCGAUCAGUGUGCCAGGGGUGGCUUCGGUCUUCUUCACAGGGAAUUCUCUGUGCUUCCGGAUCAGGUCAUUUCAGGGAGCUUUCCGUUGGUUAUCAUGUUCUUCCCGCAUGUUUUUCGACAGGACUCCUCGUCUUCCUCGGAGGACCAGGUUGGAGGGUGGGACACUCCAGGUACUUCGGAUACCAUUUCCGCCCUUCAGCACACCUUGCUGCCUUCACCCGCGAGAGCUUCCGCUCCCGCCAGUAUACCUGCCUGCACCGGAGUUACACCCUCUGCUUUCCUUAAUUCUUCAGUCCCUAGCGCUGCUGAGCACAUUGAGGAGCCGGCUUCGGACACGUCUGCUGCUGCCCGCAUUUUGCGAAGGCCUUGGGUAAUCCCUCAUAUCUUGGGUGUCUUAGGUGGGCGCGCCGGAAGGCAACCUGGACUUGGCACGUGGAGUGUUGCUUGCUUCCUGCUGCACCUUUCUCUUGUUGCAGCGGUUCAAAUCCACAGUGAACCUGCAUCGCCACGUGAUGCUGUUCUUUCUGCUGCCAGAGCUCCAGACCGCCAGAUUGCUGCUCCUGCUGGAGCCCACUCUCACCUGCAGUCCAAGUGGCUCUUGACUGGUGACUUCGGGGAUGGCCCUCUCUGGUUAUCGCUUCCGUCACCUGACUCGGUCUUCCUUAUAACUUGCCGUCUUUGGCUGCCGGGCUCCGAUGUGCGACUUGAGUUUUCUAGCACCGAUCGGGCCCGUGAUGUGUCUGCGGAGCUGUACCGCCAAGCCAUUCGACUUGGCAGAUCUCAGAUUGUUGCGGCGUCGGUAGGGCUUACGCUUGAAGCUGUUCACCUUGUGUCCCUGCCAUCGCACCCGGAAGCAAUUACGGUCCUUUUUGACCUAGGCAGGGAGGUUGUCUGCAGCGAACUUCCGUUCGACUAUAGUCCGAAUCAGGUUAUUACUGCCGCGCAGGAAGCAGCCUCUAGCAGUGACAUCCAAAUCUUGAAAGGCCUGGCACACAGACUUCGCCACGGUGAUGUCAUUCGGGUGAUUGUUAACUCCGAGCAACGUACGCUUGAUGUCUCGGCGUUCACUCUCCCGCCUCAUGUCACCUCCGCCUCUCGGUGGCUUCGGGAGUCGAGAGUGGUGUCCUUCCUUCAUUCCGUCGAAGGGGUGCUCUCUUUCGAGGUUCCGCGGUCGUACGCCCUUGACAUCACCGUGCUGAGCACCCUCCUGCAUAGUGUUAUCCCUGGCCGUCAUGUCUUUGUUGAGAUCCCUGGGGCAGAUGCCCUCCCACAUGCAGCGUUUUGUGUUGCUCGUCCUGGCCAAGACUGUGUUACUUAUCGCCUGACUGAUGCCUCUGAUCCUUCCGCUGCAGGCCUUUUUCUUGCCUUUGCAGGCGUUUUCGAGUCCUUCCCUGUCUUUCUCGACAGCCUUCUUUACAGCAAUCGCCCUGCAGCUGUCUUGCUUCGUCGGUUACAGCCUUUUGGCUUGUCGGUGCUGUCCUGGGAAUGUACCGUUAUCCCCGGCCGAGGGGAUUGUCACUAUUGGCAUGUCCAUGUCCAGGCUGACCUUGCAAGGGCUCGCGACUACCUCCUUCAUUUGCAUUGGGAGCCUAGGAUUGUUCGUAGUCCCCCGCCCCUGCCGCCGCCUCGGGUUCGAGUCUCUCAUAGUGUUGGGGUUCAGACUAACGCUCCCUUUAUCUCCGCUAGCACACCUGCGGCUGUUCUGCAAGCACCCCCGACCCUUUGUGGCGCCGGGGUUACACCGGAUUCCGCUUCCGAGCUUGUUGAUCUCUGGUGCGAUGCUUGGCACGUAAAGUGUCUUGUGGCCUGCGUGCCUGGAUUCGCUGUCUGGGCCCUUCGCGAAGGGGGUCGCCUUGUUGGCAUGUGCACACCAGUUCCUACCUGGGAGGCCGUUGCCCAAGCGCUUUCUCUCUCCCUCUGGGAGCUGCCCCAGACCUUUUUGUCGGGUAGUAAUCAGAUCUGGCCAUUUCCCCGGGACCUUGCCAGUGUCGUUGGGAAGUGUGUUAGUGUAGGCUAUGACUCGCCCGAAGGGAUCUCGCAGUUAGCGCAUAAUUGCCAUUCACCGGUUCCUAGCCCACCACCCGCUCCACCGACUCUUGUGUCUCUUGCACUUGGGCUGACUUGUCCCUGGCGCAGCUUGGUCUUGUGCUUGUUGGGUCUCCUGGCGCUCCCUGUUGAUUCGGUGCAGCUGCCUCUUGAGCCCGCCACUCUUGUUCCUCGGCGCUCUGCUGACGACAUUUUGCAUACUCGUCGUGACUUCACGCGGCCCUGCACCAUGUCUUGGACGCACGAGCUUGGGCGACAAACGCAUGGUUUUGCAGUCGCGGCGCCUCAGUUAGGCGCCUACGUUGAGCGCACUUCACCACAGUAUGAAAUCCAGCUGCAUCUGUGGUUACCCGGACAAGGCCCGAUCCAUCUGCGGGUUCUCGCGCGUCACCUUGACCUUCAUCUUAGUGCAUAUCUUGGAGCCUUCUUGCCUGACUGUGAAUAUGGGCUCCAUGUUGCCUUUGACUCGAACCCGCAGGUCUUGGACAUUUUGGUCACCCCGCCAUCCGCACCAGUUUGGUGGAUCCUUAGGGAUUCCAUUGGGUGUGAGUUGCUUCGGCCAGUCGUCCAGCACUUUACCUCUCACUGCUCCUUCUUCUUUUGUGCCAUUGAGCCUGAUGGGGUUGUGCACAGUGUCGAACCCUCGGCUGAGGUGCGUCAUAUGUCACCGAGCCCCCAAGGCGCUAGGGCUCUCAUUGGCCGUGCUCUCCCAGGGUUGGUCGGACGAUUUGUUGAUGGCGUCCUUCAUGUCGUAGCGGCGAGAGCUUGCUCGCCGGCUGUCUUCGGCGGCCUGACCCUGUUUCUUCUUGGGGGGCAAUCAGCUGCUAUGCACCCGCCUUAUAGCACUGCCCUGGCUACAGUCGCUGAUGUUCCCCCGCCUGCACCUACUACCAUGCGGAUCUGGACACUCAAUGUCCCCGUGCCUGUCGAUCUGCCUUGGCGGCCACAGGGUUACCCAACCCGUUGGCUUCGCGAGUUGAUGUGCAGGUUACACCACAUUGACGACCCUGGUGAAUUCCGGUCUACUCUCUCCUCACCCGGCGGGACCGUGCAGCACGUUCUUUUUGUGCCGAUAGUGCCCACCACGCAUCCUACUGCUAGAUUCUGGCUGUUGCACUGGGGAGACGCGGCUGUUGUUACUUUUGGGCAUACCCCUUUUCAUUGGGAUGUUGUCUCUGCUCACAUCCGAGCCCUGUUUCCAGGGGGACCUUUGCCAGACCGUUGCCCAGCUCUUUCCUUUGCUGGCCAGUUUUACCCGCCUGGAGCUCCCCUGCCCGACUUUCCCUCUGGAGCUGUCAUUCAGAUUAUCAUUGGCGCUCUUGCAAGAAUACCGGGAGACGAUGAUCCUUGGAACCCUGAUCCAUUAGUCAUAGAUAGCCCCUUCUUCCGUCAUGUUCCCAGUCGUGGCCCUGCUCUGGAACCGGCCAUCCGGCUUGACGGGCGUGGUAAUCAACUUGCUGCUGGCGCCCUGCAACACCCCUUGGUCGAUCAAGGUGUCCAGACUGACCUCUCGGGUAAUGGAACCGGUCUCGACCAUGCCACCGUUUCCCGGGUGCAUCUACUUUCCCGUGAACUCUCCUUCCAUACGUCACGACUGUGGGCGGGGCUUGCGGAGCCUGACGCCGAGCCUGUUGGAGACUCCCCCUCCGUUCUGAGGCUUUCUUCCCAAAGCGCUUGCGCUGCCGCCUCGGCCCCGAAUGUCGAUCUGCUUGAUAUCGGGGGUACUUCUGGCAGCCACAAGCUGGCUCUCCCGUCCUCCGUUAGCUGGUUGUUAGUUGGGGCUCUUUUCGGUCUUAGGGGGGUUGCUUUUAGGAGCGUUCUUGCUCUUGCCACUGUGAGCGAAGGCUCUAUUAUCUUCCCACCGCCUGAUUGUCCGGCCGAGGAGUCGUCUGAUGAAGACGGUCCCCCUCCUGUCCAAGCUGAGAACAUGUCGGACGCUUCAGGGGCACCAGUCCCCUUCACCACUCCGGCUGGACCCCCUCCACCGGAGCCGGUGAACGCCCCUUUCCAGCCUCGUUUGCGCUACCUUCGUGCGGCCCGCCCUCUUGAGGAUUAUGCUCUGGGCCUUUGGCCCUCCACUCUUGACAGGGAGCCGGCUGCCGAUGAGGAUGUUAUUCGCCGGGUCCAAGCUGAUUUGCUUGGACUCCAACGCGGCCUACGCACAUUUGCCGCUGCCAUCCCAUUGGGCACGCCCUUUUGUAUCCACAAUCCCUUCACUGCCCGCCAGCAAUGUGACAUUGUUGAAUACUCUGCCGGGCCUGAACUUAAUCCCUUUGUUCUGUUUCAAGGCCAUGCACGCAGCCGUGGUUGGGCCGGGAUGGUCUUGCUCAUGCCGCAACCUGAUGCCACAGCUGUGCAUCUAAUUGGUUGCCCCCAAGCACCUGGCAAUGCCGCGGUGGGUGUCGUCAUUGACGGACGCCUCAUUCCUUGCUGCCUUCCUACAUGUGUAGCUUGUGAGGCGCUCCGAGAGCUUCACUUAGACGGCCAAGCAUAUGAUCUCCGACCUCCGGAAGUCCAUGAAGAAACUGCUGUUGUCCAAUUUCGCAACGGCGACUGUUUGGCGGCAGGGCGCCGACCCUCCCGCCAGCUUCCCUCCCAGCGAGAUGUGCAAGCCGCCACCGCAGAAACCUUGGGGCGUGACACCGAUGCUGCCACCUCGGCCCCCGGAACUACUUCUGCUGCAGUCAGAGCCGCAUGGUUGUGGCUUGGGCUCGUUGUCACCUCCGCCAGAUCGCCUGGUGUGGCCCCUGCCAUUCUAGCUCUUUGUCUCUGGCACGCAGAGGUUCUAGGUAUGCAUAGGCCGGGUGGCUUCCCUUGGGGUAUUGAUCCGGUUAACCGGCGGUUCUCUGGCAUUACGAGCGAGGACCCGGUUGAAGUUGUCUUGCACAGCCCCUUUUUGGGGGUUUUUCCGCCCUUUACAGCCUCCCAGGACACUUGUCACACUCAGGCCUGGGCCCAGUUUCGCAAUGAUGACCCGGGGUGGGCGGUAGACUACUUUCCGGUCUGGCCGGGGCCUGCAUUCAAUGAACUUUCCGUCGUUCCUGUCGGCCAUGACCCCGCCCUUGUCACUAUUAUGCUUGUCUGGGGAGGCCACCAUCGGGCCACACUCACGCCUCGAACUAUGACGGUUGCGUGGCUGACUUCCUUCGUUGCCCGUCACAUCAACAGUGAAGUUGGUGGACUUUCACUUCCCCACGGUUUGGCGGUUUGCGAAUAUUUUGAUAUUCCGCCUGCUGCUUUUCGGUUCCGCAAUGGGGACGUUGUUUAUAUCCAUGAUCCCCCAGCGGACCCUGAUGAGCCGUUAGAGUUUGUAGAGCCGUGGCACCUCCAGGAUGGACUCGCGGCACACCACGCUCCCUGGGCAGUGGGGUUCCAACUUAUGUUUCCGAUUUCGGUGCACUUGCUCCGUCCUGCGAAACCGCCACUUCUCACGAGCAUUCCGGCUGGCGAAUCAUGGUGUCCUGAAGCAUUUUCAUUUUCAGGGGACUUUAGACACCAAUUCCCUGGCUUUUGGACGCCGGUCCAGUGGACGAGUGCCCGUGCCCUGCAAUUGAUGGCGGUUAACGAGGUUGCAGCUAAGGUUAAUGUCGUAGCAGCUACUCCCGAAGGGCGGUUGUGCCGAUCGGUUGACCGUGUUGUGUCUCGUGCCAGCCUCGCCGCUCAACUGAGGUUUUGCCCUGCGACGGUGCAGGUUGGCGGGAUUCCGCCAUAUGCCCUAGAGCAAGCGUGCGAACUCCGCAACGGGGAUGUUGUUUUUGGUGAGUUCGCUCGCGGUGGCUGUGCGACUGCCUCCUGCCAACUAGGUUUGUGGCUAGGAACUGCACUUGCCCUCUCACAGCUGCUCGUGGCACGCCAGUUCUUGCUUGUCCUCGCUGUUGGACUUGUUUAUGGUGGUCAUCCCGCGAGUUUCGGGGCCAGUGCUCUGCUGCUCAUGACGCCCGCGGCGGCCAUGAUUCCACAGGCUCCUGCAACAUCUGUGGCAAUCCCAGAUAUCCCUGCUGCCACUGCUAACCGAGUCACCCUCACUCUUGCAAAUCCUUUUGCACCCUGGCAACGUGUUGAGGUUGACCCCCGUAAUGCCUUUGAGGAGAUCAUUGCAGAUGCACAUCACACCCUGACGUCGUGGCAUCGGGGUUUUGUCGAAUCCGGGCUGGUGACCGAUGGUUCGCAUGUUCUGGUCCCGAGACCCGGAGGGAGGCUCACAUGCAUACUGGUCACGGGUUUAGGUCAGCUUCUUUGUGUGGUUGUGCCCUCCUUUCUCACUCCCCGCGAUCUAACCCAGGCCUUACAGCUGCGCUUUGGCCGCAGGGUCAGUGUGCACCUAUCGCCCGGUCUCGCUGCGUCAAUCCGGGAUGCCAGACCCGUGCUCGCUUUGCGCUCAGGUGACUUGAUAGCUGUACGGCUUUUCCAGUCAGACCCUUCAGCGGGGCCACGUGAAACGCCCGUCUUCCUGACCUGGGGAGCUGCGCAUGCCGCAUCAGCAUGGCAUUCUGACUUUAUUGUGGCACACGCCUCCUGUGUGCUGUUGUGGUCACCCAGCCGACCCGCUCGGGUCGCUCUCCUCCGACACCAAGCGAGGUGGAAUGCUGCCGAGGCCACCGUGUGCCAACACGAGGAUGCCUUGGGUGUAUACCGGUGGGCGCCGUGCCACGGACACCUCGGGACGCCUCCUUGGCUUGUUGAGCAAGCCACUGCUCUUGGGCGUGUCAAUAUCAUUCAGUCUCGCGGCUCCACUAGGUGUGUCGAGAUUGAUAGAGGUGCUGCACACGACCUGUAUGUUCACGGGUUUUCCCUCCGCCCCGCCUCCAGCCAGGCUACUGAGGAAGCCAGUGUCCGCGAUGGUGAUUGGUGGGUUCACUCCCUUGCAGCUGGAUUGUUUGGCCGUCGGUUCCCCGCGUUGGCCGGGCUUUUGCUCCUUGUGCAUGGUUUCAGCGGACCCGCCUGGGCGGUGUCCUCAGGAUCUUCGGGCCGAUGUUCCAGUGUCGACUCUUCGGAAGCCCGCACCAUUCGCACUAGGAUGCCGCCUCGGCGGAGUCGCUCCCGUGGCCAGGACAGCUCUCAGCGCUAUUUUCCUGCGCGAGUCGAUUUCAGCAGUGGCGAACCCUAUGUCCUGCAGGCGGGGUGGCAGCCUGAUUGUACUGACGGUCAGUUGUGUUUUGACCGCUGCUUUCCCGGUCCAAGGCCUCUUACCACCCGAGUCCUUUGCCCCCUGAGGGGUUGGAGUGAAUCUCAUUUUGCCCGGUUGGAAGGGCCAUGGUCCCUGUUUGAAGCUGUUGGCUCCCGACACUGUGGGGCCUGGGCAACCCGCUUCUUUCCCGUCCGUGGGGCAUUUCCGUUUGCCCAAGUUACGCUUGCCCCGGUUGCUCCCUUCGGGAUGGCAAGUGUAGUCUUCCACACCCUCAGUGGCACUGCAGUUGCAUUAGCGUCGGUUGAUGCGUCGCUCGAGGACAUUCAGCGACUGGCCGCCCGUCUCAUUCCCUGCACACGGUUUUGGGUUGUCAUUCCGCCUCCUUCCAUCCGCGCCGCUAAUAUGCACACGCACAUCCGCCUUCGCAACGGUGAUGCUUUUGGCUUUUUGCCUGACUCUUCUCAACCCGGUUCUACGCGGUUCCCUGCUCUGCACUAUCCGUCCCUUGAUCGGGCGCGGCAGGUUGCCAGCUGGUCGUUGUCCUUCAGGUUUGACGCCGGAGGACCCGUCACCCUGUGGACAACCUCCAACCGUUUUGGCCAGUUGGUGUAUGUACGUGACAAUGCGUAUUGGGAUCCUCUUGGCCCCACUUUUCGAAGCUUAGGCGGAGAGACCCUAACCGGUUCCUGGGUACCAGUCCUUACAGGCGACCUGUCGGACCUACAUCUAAUGUCCCGCACCUCAAUUUCUGAAGCGCAUGUGCUCUUCCUUCUGCCGCCAGAGCAGACACCGGUGGGGGUCUUCCUAGCUGGCUGCAACACCCACCGCAUUCCCUUGGGCUGGCAAUUGUUACCUGCCAUCCGUUAUGUGCGUGCCGGUAGCACGCUGCGGGACGGGGACGUCUUGGUUAUCGCCCCGGCUGCCGAUCUGGUUUGGGACCCUUUCAGUAUCCGGCCUCCCAGUUUAGAUGAUGUGCAGCCGCAGAGUGCCCAGCACACUUGGCAUCAAUCUCUGACCUCUGCCUCGCCCGGCCCUACGGCUCUGCUAGGCUUUCUCGCGGUUUCGGUUGGUCGCGCUCCAUGGUGGUUAGGGCUUGCCCUCGGGGUUGUUCUAGGGUCUGGCAUGGUGCCAUCUUACGAGCUCCCCGAUCCGCCCAUCCGAGUCGGGCUGUACCCAUGGCGCGCGCGCCCUGGUGAGGGCGACCUCCUCGAUCUUUCGGUCCGCCCUGAAUUGGAUGUUGUUCUGCUUAGUCCUUUCACAGGGCCUCGGGAGGCCGGUCGUCUUUACACCUCCGCUGCCAUUACGGAGCUUCACACUUUGACGCAGGCCUGUGAGCCGGCAUGGGGUGCGGAUGCUGUGCCUGUCUGGCCGACUGCCGCCCUUCCUGCCUUGUUGGUCGUUCCUCGACCCCCUGACCCCAGCCUCGUGUGUCUGGCGGUGUCCUCGUUGGACCGGCAUUUCUCUGUCCUGAUUCCCUGCUCCUCCACCCUGUCAUGGUUGGGGGAGGCUCUCCGUUUCCUUCAACCCCUUCAGGCGCUCUCCCUGCGGGCACCUAGCUCCUUGGCCGCGUCAACGCCCCCUGACGGCGUUAUCCGAUGGCGUUCAGGCGAUCUUGUUGUCGCCCUGCCUCCGGCAGCCUUCGAGCCUACCUACCAGCCCCCGUGCUUCCACACUGACGCACAGGUUCGGCAUUGUGCUGUCUGGGCCGUCGAUUUUUCAGUCUCUGCCCGGAUAAACUUUAUACUCUGGCGCCCUGGGGUCCGUGCAACCCGGGGACAUGCACCCGAAGGGGCACAGUGGCGGGCCCUCGACUUUACUUUUGCUGGGGAAUUCUGUCAGCACUACCCUGGGCGUUGGGUGCCGGUACCCUGGAUCGCCCAAGAUCAUGCCCAUUUAGUUGUGGUGUCCGAGGACCCGACAUAUGUCAAUGUUGUCAUUGAAGCUGACGGUAGGUGCUGGUGUGCACCAGUCACUGCCGUGACGGACGCCUGGCAGUUAUGGACUGAUGUGCCCUCAAUUCCCACUCAACCACGAGUGCUGGGUCUUUCACACCAGGAACUGCGCCAAGGCACUGUCCUCCGCAAUGGUGACAUUGUGUCAGGAGCGCCCAAGGUCGCCCCGUUAUCGGGUGGCGUUUGGGUUCUCCUCGCUUUCUUUCUCUCUACCCGAUUUCUACCGACUUUCCCGAGCUCCUGGGUUCUGCUUGCUGGCUUGGUUUUCGGGUGGUACCAUGAGGCUGUUGGUGCCCGUCACCUUUCCAUCACAGUUGGCCUCGCUGCCGCCGGGCAGGGUCACGUUAGGGCAGUUAGGAUGCAUGACACACCUUAUCCUAUAGGGGAAUGUCACCGCCUAUGGGAGCCCUCCGGCUCUGUGUCAGGGCCGUUUUCUGGUCCUGUUGAUCGCCCGCCGGCGGAGUUGCGUCAUGCUGCUGUUGCGUGGUCUGACUUUACUCAAGUCCUGCCACCUCAAGAUCCUCGCAUAGUUGACUGGGUACCUGUCCCUUCAGAUCCACUCUUUGUUGUUGUCUUGCUUCAGUGCCCGCCUGCGACUCGAGCAGCAAUCUUACCAGCCACCUGUCAUGCUGCAGACCUUAUCCGUGCUUGUCGGCGGUCGGUUCCUGAUUUAGCUUGUGUUUUAGCCUCGCCCGAAAUCUGGUGUGGCACCGCCACUUCCUUUACCCCGACUCUUUUCCUUCGGUCAGGGGACGUGCUGACCCUGGCAUGUGCCGGCUGGGUUCCACGCUUGCGCUCUCCUAGUGGCCGCUUUUGGGAGACCUUUUAUCAGGCCCGUAAAUUUGCAUUUUGGGGUAGCCCCUUUCAGAUUCGUACGCCAGGCCUUCUGUUUGCGUGGUCGGCCGGUGAUCCUGUUCCCUUGACGGUUCACACCGUUCAAAAUGAAGUGUGGGACCCGGAACACUGCACAUUCCGUCCCUCCUUGGCCCGGUACAGUGUCGACCGUUGGAUCCCGGCGGCCCGCUGUGAUCUGCUAGGCCUCCACCUUGUCCCUGAGAGUCUUCAUCCGCAUCGUGCACAUGUUCUGCCUCUGCAGCCACCCCUUCGGUUGUUGGAGGUCUCCCGUUACAGCACGCGGGGUCUGAUUCGGGAUGGUGAUAGCGGCUCUCUUGGUAGCAGCGCUCCCUCCCCCCGUCUUAUGCUGUGCCUGGCUGGCCUUCUGCUGGCGCGGAAUGCAUUGCCGCUCUGGCCCAGUGGAGGAGCCCUCCUUUUUGCAGGGGCCUCUUUCGGUGCGUUUCCCUUCAGUGGCACCCUUGUCUUACCGACUGUUUCUUCUGUUGCGAUGCCGGUCUUUUCCCAGACUCUUCGUGUGGUGUCGCCCAAGUGGCCGCCGAUUGCGCCAAGCCGGGGUUCUUUCACCGUUGUCGGGGGACCUCGCCGUGGAGGAGCGCUGCCCUUUUGGCUAGCUGCCCCUGAGUCAGCUGGGAGGCCUUUUGCCCGGACUGCUCUUGUUCCACCGGCAUGGUCCGCGUCCCUGCUUGACUGUUAUGGCCGUGCGUGGGGAGCGCCGGCCGAUGACCGCGACUUCGACGGUUCUCCCGCGACUUCUGCGAUGCAUUGUCUUGAUUUGCAGGACGCCGGGUAUCAUUAUGCCGGCUUGGCCGCGCAUUAUUUGUUUAAGCCCCUUCUCACCGACCUUCCUUCGUCACUGGCUUCCCUGCUCCAUCAGGGAUGGUGCCGGUUUCCCCGUUGGCCAGGCGGUGUUCCGGACGAAGUGUUCAUUGCCACUGAUGGUAGUGGGUUAGGCAAGGGUGGUUGGGCCAUAGCUGUGUGGGUCUCGUGGAAGGGUAAUUGGUACCGCCUCGGCUGGGACGCCGGCAGCCUAGCAUCUACACCGUGGCUUCCCUCGUUUCCUGCAACCCAUCUCGACCUUCGUUCCUACCUGGGGGAGCUGAGCGCUUUAGUGUCUGCUGCUGCGUGGUUCACAGUGUGGUGGGACAACAUGCAGCUCCUGACCGGGAACGCGCCUGCCAGGAUUACCUUAGCUGUUGACAACAGUGCAGCGCUUCAAGUCGCAGGGGGCCAUGCUUCGGCGACAACGCCGCAUGCCCGUGUCUGCCGGGCUCUAUGGCAGUCGAUCCAGUCCCGAUGUUCGACGCACUUCAGGCAUGUGCCAGGCCAUACUGGCAACCUCGUCAAUGAAAUUGCCGAUGCCUUGGCCGGGUACGGAACUGCUCAUGACUGUUGUGCAUCCGUCGGAUGGUGCCGUCUGCCGACUACAUUUGGUGACUCACUUUUAGAGUGUGCCCCGCUCAUGUGGCUCUUGCCGCAAGCUUGCCUGCAAGAAGGCCGGUUGUGUUGGCGCUCACCGGGAUGGGUUGAUUGCCCCCGCACGUCCAUUCAAGAGCCCCCGCAGAUACAGCCGCAGGUGCGGCAAGAUGACGAGCAGGUCAAACCUCUUCGUACCACUGUCACUCUUGUGCAAGCCAACAUCCAGACAAUUAAAGAUGUUGAUGUGUCCUUCUUCAAUAGGGAUGGACACGGACAGCGCCGCAUCUACCUGGCUAAACAGCUUCGAGCUCUGGGGGUACAUAUUGCUUUUCUUCAAGAGUGCCGCAGCCGCCCGGGCCGAUGGUCCUCCCACGGCUUUCUCAGCUUCCGUUCGGGAGCCGAGAAAGGGCUGUUCGGGGUCGAAAUUUGGAUCCGCCCCGACCUGCUGCACCCUGCUUUGAGUCUGGAUGACUUCCGCAUCCGUUUUGCCAGCCCGAAAAUUCUGUUAGUGCAGUGUCAACGCGCUGAGCUCCCGGUUACUCUGGUUGCAGCCCAUGCACCUCAUGCUGAGAGGCCGGACGCGGAGAUUCGGCGGUUUUGGCAUGAUCUCAAGACGCAACUUCUUCCUGCCUGCAAUCGCGGUACUGUUCUGUUAGGUAUUGAUGCCAAUGCUGACUUUACGGGCCGUGAUGAGGAAGAGACCCUCGUUGGCGACCUUCUUAAUCUCCGCCCAGCCAGGCUUGGUGACGAUCUCCUUCUUGCCUGUGCUCAUGACACGGCGCUGGCUGCCCCUGGCACUUGGUCUGAGGUCUGCACUGGACCCACUUGGACCUGGCAGCACACAGGCGGUAAGACCCAACGCUUGGACCACUUGCUUAUUACCCAUGGCACUCGGGUCUCUCAGUAUCGCCAAUUUCCUGAAUUUGAUAUCUUGAAUGGCGAAGCAAGGGAUCAUAUGCCCAUUGUCAUUUCUGUUGACGUCUCCGGGAAGUCAGCAGGUAAGAUGCACCCACGCUGUCCCUACUCGGCUGACUCCGGUGCCGCUGUCGCGGAAGCUGUCUGGGACGCUCUUCACCAGUCCACACCUGGUAGUAGUGCGGAGAGAGUUCAGCAACUUUGUGCUGCCCAUGCCCGUGCGAUCCGCUGCCUUCCUGCCCGGCCCCCUCUUCAAAAACGGCAACCUUAUCUGUCCGACGUUGCUGCUGGCCUUCUUGACACUCUUCGUGACGCGCGGGCCGAGGUUAGGCGGCUUCGCACCCUCUAUCACCGGCAACUCUGUUUGGUUGCCUUUCGGGCAUGGUGCCGCCGCCGCGUUGAGUCCCCAGCCCUGCCAUGGGAACUUCAUCAGGUUCGCAUGAUGAUGGCGCAUUUUGCACAUGUUUGUUUCCGCCUUCGAGCUCAGGCUCAUGCACAGGCACGGCUUGAUAAGCAGGCCUACUUCGAAUCCAUGCUCCUCGGCGCAGUCGAUCACUGGCAUGCCACCGGGCGCCCUCUCGAGGCGGUUGCCAAGCUGUCUUGGGCGUCCAAAGGUGCCAAGCAAAAACGUGAUGUUAGGGCCGCAAGUGGGUUUGACAUCGAUGAGCAACUCCAGCUACAAUUCCAGCAGCAGGAAGAUGGCCGCCCGGUGUCGGAUGCCCAAUUGAGUAAGCGGGGUGCGGUACUGUGCGAAAGUGCGACCACGGAGGUCCAGUCCUUCCCACUCCAAGUGCUGAUGAGAUGUGUGACGUCUAUCCAGUUGGCCGGACUGGAGUUCUUCCUGGGUUGCCGAGUGAACAGCUUCUCCUCACGCCAGCUGCUUGUUCAUGGCGGCAAGUGUGGCUGCCCGUCGAUUUGCGACAGCUUGGUGGUUGACCUUCUUCUUGCUCGUUGCACGUGGGGCUGGUUGACCCUUGCCUCCCAACCUCUCUUCUUGCAAGAUGUUGACACGCUGCAGUUUCAGAUUGGUCCGGCUGUUGAGGCUCUUCAGGGUCCUGUCGGAUCGUCCCUGGAUCCUCCCCUGUCUCUCUUUUCUGCGAUGCAGGUGAGCCUCCCAACUGCUCCGGCCGCCUACGACGCCUUUCCGGGUCACUCGCAUAACCAGGCCGUUCUUAUCACACCCAAUGGGUUAGUAUACGUUGAAGCCCCGGUUUAUGCUGACGCCGCGACCUUCCGACGCAUCGUGUCUACGCGGGCUUCCCCUGCCGCUACUGGUGGCGUUUUGCGGAUCUGGCACCCACUUCCCUCGCUCCCUCUUGUCCAGUUUCUUGAGGUUCACUGUGCUGAGGGUGAGGUGCCGUGCAUUUUGGAUUUCCGUCCUGUGGGCUGGAGACUGACUACUGUCUGCAUCUCGCCCCCUGUCACUGCGCUCGCCGCUGUCACCGCGGCUUCACGUCGGGAUCGCAACAGUCUUCCCCACGAAUGGGUCGAUCAGUGUGCCAGGGGUGGCUUCGGUCUUCUUCACAGGGAAUUCUCUGUGCUUCCGGAUCAGGUCAUUUCAGGGAGCUUUCCGUUGGUUAUCAUGUUCUUCCCGCAUGUUUUUCGACAGGACUCCUCGUCUUCCUCGGAGGACCAGGUUGGAGGGUGGGACACUCCAGGUACUUCGGAUACCAUUUCCGCCCUUCAGCACACCUUGCUGCCUUCACCCGCGAGAGCUUCCGCUCCCGCCAGUAUACCUGCCUGCACCGGAGUUACACCCUCUGCUUUCCUUAAUUCUUCAGUCCCUAGCGCUGCUGAGCACAUUGAGGAGCCGGCUUCGGACACGUCUGCUGCUGCCCGCAUUUUGCGAAGGCCUUGGGUAAUCCCUCAUAUCUUGGGUGUCUUAGGUGGGCGCGCCGGAAGGCAACCUGGACUUGGCACGUGGAGUGUUGCUUGCUUCCUGCUGCACCUUUCUCUUGUUGCAGCGGUUCAAAUCCACAGUGAACCUGCAUCGCCACGUGAUGCUGUUCUUUCUGCUGCCAGAGCUCCAGACCGCCAGAUUGCUGCUCCUGCUGGAGCCCACUCUCACCUGCAGUCCAAGUGGCUCUUGACUGGUGACUUCGGGGAUGGCCCUCUCUGGUUAUCGCUUCCGUCACCUGACUCGGUCUUCCUUAUAACUUGCCGUCUUUGGCUGCCGGGCUCCGAUGUGCGACUUGAGUUUUCUAGCACCGAUCGGGCCCGUGAUGUGUCUGCGGAGCUGUACCGCCAAGCCAUUCGACUUGGCAGAUCUCAGAUUGUUGCGGCGUCGGUAGGGCUUACGCUUGAAGCUGUUCACCUUGUGUCCCUGCCAUCGCACCCGGAAGCAAUUACGGUCCUUUUUGACCUAGGCAGGGAGGUUGUCUGCAGCGAACUUCCGUUCGACUAUAGUCCGAAUCAGGUUAUUACUGCCGCGCAGGAAGCAGCCUCUAGCAGUGACAUCCAAAUCUUGAAAGGCCUGGCACACAGACUUCGCCACGGUGAUGUCAUUCGGGUGAUUGUUAACUCCGAGCAACGCACGCUUGAUGUCUCGGCGUUCACUCUCCCGCCUCAUGUCACCUCCGCCUCUCGGUGGCUUCGGGAGUCGAGGGUGGUGUCCUUCCUUCAUUCCGUCGAAGGGGUGCUCUCUUUCGAGGUUCCGCGGUCGUACGCCCUUGACAUCACCGUGCUGAGCACCCUCCUGCAUAGUGUUAUCCCUGGCCGUCAUGUCUUUGUUGAGAUCCCCGGGGCAGAUGCCCUCCCACAUGCGGCGUUUUGUGUUGCUCGGCCUGGCCAAGACUGUGUUACUUAUCGCCUGACUGAUGCCUCUGAUCCUUCCGCUGCAGGCCUUUUUCUUGCCUUUGCAGGCGUUUUCGAGUCCUUCCCUGUCUUUCUCGACAGCCUUCUUUACAGCAAUCGCCCUGCAGCUGUCUUGCUUCGUCGGUUACAGCCUUUUGGCUUGUCGGUGCUGUCCUGGGAAUGUACCGUUAUCCCCGGCCGAGGGGAUUGUCACUAUUGGCAUGUUCAUGUCCAGGCUGACCUUGCAAGGGCUCGCGACUACCUCCUUCAUUUGCAUUGGGCCCGAUCCAUCUGCGGGUUCUCGCGCGUCACCUUGACCUUCAUCUUAGUGCAUAUCUUGGUCUUGGACAUUUUGGUCACCCCGCCAUCCGCACCAGUUUGGUGGUUACACCACAUUGACGACCCUGGUGAAUUCCGGUCUACUCUCUCCUCACCCGGGGGACCUUUGCCAGACCGUUGCCCAGCUCUUUCCUUUGCUGGCCAGUUUUACCCGCCUGGAGCUCCCCUGCCCGACUUUCCCUCUGGAGCUGUCAUUCAGAUUAUCAUUGGCGCUCUUGCAAGAAUACCGGGAGACGAUGAUCCUUGGAACCCUGAUCCAUUAGUCAUAGAUAGCCCCUUCUUCCGUCAUGUUCCCAGUCGUGGCCCUGCUCUGGAACCGGCCAUCCGGCUUGACGGGCGUGGUAAUCAACUUGCUGCUGGCGCCCUGCAACACCCCUUGGUCGAUCAAGGUGUCCAGACUGACCUCUCGGGUAAUGGAACCGGUCUCGACCAUGCCACCGUUUCCCGGGUGCAUCUACUUUCCCGUGAACUCUCCUUCCAUACGUCACGACUGUGGGCGGGGCUUGCGGAGCCUGACGCCGAGCCUGUUGGAGACUCCCCCUCCGUUCUGAGGCUUUCUUCCCAAAGCGCUUGCGCUGCCGCCUCGGCCCCGAAUGUCGAUCUGCUUGAUAUCGGGGGUACUUCUGGCAGCCACAAGCUGGCUCUCCCGUCCUCCGUUAGCUGGUUGUUAGUUGGGGCUCUUUUCGGUCUUAGGGGGGUUGCUUUUAGGAGCGUUCUUGCUCUUGCCACUGUGAGCGAAGGCUCUAUUAUCUUCCCACCGCCUGAUUGUCCGGCCGAGGAGUCGUCUGAUGAAGACGGUCCCCCUCCUGUCCAAGCUGAGAACAUGUCGGACGCUUCAGGGGCACCAGUCCCCUUCACCACUCCGGCUGGACCCCCUCCACCGGAGCCGGUGAACGCCCCUUUCCAGCCUCGUUUGCGCUACCUUCGUGCGGCCCGCCCUCUUGAGGAUUAUGCUCUGGGCCUUUGGCCCUCCACUCUUGACAGGGAGCCGGCUGCCGAUGAGGAUGUUAUUCGCCGGGUCCAAGCUGAUUUGCUUGGACUCCAACGCGGCCUACGCACAUUUGCCGCUGCCAUCCCAUUGGGCACGCCCUUUUGUAUCCACAAUCCCUUCACUGCCCGCCAGCAAUGUGACAUUGUUGAAUACUCUGCCGGGCCUGAACUUAAUCCCUUUGUUCUGUUUCAAGGCCAUGCACGCAGCCGUGGUUGGGCCGGGAUGGUCUUGCUCAUGCCGCAACCUGAUGCCACAGCUGUGCAUCUAAUUGGUUGCCCCCAAGCACCUGGCAAUGCCGCGGUGGGUGUCGUCAUUGACGGACGCCUCAUUCCUUGCUGCCUUCCUACAUGUGUAGCUUGUGAGGCGCUCCGAGAGCUUCACUUAGACGGCCAAGCAUAUGAUCUCCGACCUCCGGAAGUCCAUGAAGAAACUGCUGUUGUCCAAUUUCGCAACGGCGACUGUUUGGCGGCAGGGCGCCGACCCUCCCGCCAGCUUCCCUCCCAGCGAGAUGUGCAAGCCGCCACCGCAGAAACCUUGGGGCGUGACACCGAUGCUGCCACCUCGGCCCCCGGAACUACUUCUGCUGCAGUCAGAGCCGCAUGGUUGUGGCUUGGGCUCGUUGUCACCUCCGCCAGAUCGCCUGGUGUGGCCCCUGCCAUUCUAGCUCUUUGUCUCUGGCACGCAGAGGUUCUAGGUAUGCAUAGGCCGGGUGGCUUCCCUUGGGGUAUUGAUCCGGUUAACCGGCGGUUCUCUGGCAUUACGAGCGAGGACCCGGUUGAAGUUGUCUUGCACAGCCCCUUUUUGGGGGUUUUUCCGCCCUUUACAGCCUCCCAGGACACUUGUCACACUCAGGCCUGGGCCCAGUUUCGCAAUGAUGACCCGGGGUGGGCGGUAGACUACUUUCCGGUCUGGCCGGGGCCUGCAUUCAAUGAACUUUCCGUCGUUCCUGUCGGCCAUGACCCCGCCCUUGUCACUAUUAUGCUUGUCUGGGGAGGCCACCAUCGGGCCACACUCACGCCUCGAACUAUGACGGUUGCGUGGCUGACUUCCUUCGUUGCCCGUCACAUCAACAGUGAAGUUGGUGGACUUUCACUUCCCCACGGUUUGGCGGUUUGCGAAUAUUUUGAUAUUCCGCCUGCUGCUUUUCGGUUCCGCAAUGGGGACGUUGUUUAUAUCCAUGAUCCCCCAGCGGACCCUGAUGAGCCGUUAGAGUUUGUAGAGCCGUGGCACCUCCAGGAUGGACUCGCGGCACACCACGCUCCCUGGGCAGUGGGGUUCCAACUUAUGUUUCCGAUUUCGGUGCACUUGCUCCGUCCUGCGAAACCGCCACUUCUCACGAGCAUUCCGGCUGGCGAAUCAUGGUGUCCUGAAGCAUUUUCAUUUUCAGGGGACUUUAGACACCAAUUCCCUGGCUUUUGGACGCCGGUCCAGUGGACGAGUGCCCGUGCCCUGCAAUUGAUGGCGGUUAACGAGGUUGCAGCUAAGGUUAAUGUCGUAGCAGCUACUCCCGAAGGGCGGUUGUGCCGAUCGGUUGACCGUGUUGUGUCUCGUGCCAGCCUCGCCGCUCAACUGAGGUUUUGCCCUGCGACGGUGCAGGUUGGCGGGAUUCCGCCAUAUGCCCUAGAGCAAGCGUGCGAACUCCGCAACGGGGAUGUUGUUUUUGGUGAGUUCGCUCGCGGUGGCUGUGCGACUGCCUCCUGCCAACUAGGUUUGUGGCUAGGAACUGCACUUGCCCUCUCACAGCUGCUCGUGGCACGCCAGUUCUUGCUUGUCCUCGCUGUUGGACUUGUUUAUGGUGGUCAUCCCGCGAGUUUCGGGGCCAGUGCUCUGCUGCUCAUGACGCCCGCGGCGGCCAUGAUUCCACAGGCUCCUGCAACAUCUGUGGCAAUCCCAGAUAUCCCUGCUGCCACUGCUAACCGAGUCACCCUCACUCUUGCAAAUCCUUUUGCACCCUGGCAACGUGUUGAGGUUGACCCCCGUAAUGCCUUUGAGGAGAUCAUUGCAGAUGCACAUCACACCCUGACGUCGUGGCAUCGGGGUUUUGUCGAAUCCGGGCUGGUGACCGAUGGUUCGCAUGUUCUGGUCCCGAGACCCGGAGGGAGGCUCACAUGCAUACUGGUCACGGGUUUAGGUCAGCUUCUUUGUGUGGUUGUGCCCUCCUUUCUCACUCCCCGCGAUCUAACCCAGGCCUUACAGCUGCGCUUUGGCCGCAGGGUCAGUGUGCACCUAUCGCCCGGUCUCGCUGCGUCAAUCCGGGAUGCCAGACCCGUGCUCGCUUUGCGCUCAGGUGACUUGAUAGCUGUACGGCUUUUCCAGUCAGACCCUUCAGCGGGGCCACGUGAAACGCCCGUCUUCCUGACCUGGGGAGCUGCGCAUGCCGCAUCAGCAUGGCAUUCUGACUUUAUUGUGGCACACGCCUCCUGUGUGCUGUUGUGGUCACCCAGCCGACCCGCUCGGGUCGCUCUCCUCCGACACCAAGCGAGGUGGAAUGCUGCCGAGGCCACCGUGUGCCAACACGAGGAUGCCUUGGGUGUAUACCGGUGGGCGCCGUGCCACGGACACCUCGGGACGCCUCCUUGGCUUGUUGAGCAAGCCACUGCUCUUGGGCGUGUCAAUAUCAUUCAGUCUCGCGGCUCCACUAGGUGUGUCGAGAUUGAUAGAGGUGCUGCACACGACCUGUAUGUUCACGGGUUUUCCCUCCGCCCCGCCUCCAGCCAGGCUACUGAGGAAGCCAGUGUCCGCGAUGGUGAUUGGUGGGUUCACUCCCUUGCAGCUGGAUUGUUUGGCCGUCGGUUCCCCGCGUUGGCCGGGCUUUUGCUCCUUGUGCAUGGUUUCAGCGGACCCGCCUGGGCGGUGUCCUCAGGAUCUUCGGGCCGAUGUUCCAGUGUCGACUCUUCGGAAGCCCGCACCAUUCGCACUAGGAUGCCGCCUCGGCGGAGUCGCUCCCGUGGCCAGGACAGCUCUCAGCGCUAUUUUCCUGCGCGAGUCGAUUUCAGCAGUGGCGAACCCUAUGUCCUGCAGGCGGGGUGGCAGCCUGAUUGUACUGACGGUCAGUUGUGUUUUGACCGCUGCUUUCCCGGUCCAAGGCCUCUUACCACCCGAGUCCUUUGCCCCCUGAGGGGUUGGAGUGAAUCUCAUUUUGCCCGGUUGGAAGGGCCAUGGUCCCUGUUUGAAGCUGUUGGCUCCCGACACUGUGGGGCCUGGGCAACCCGCUUCUUUCCCGUCCGUGGGGCAUUUCCGUUUGCCCAAGUUACGCUUGCCCCGGUUGCUCCCUUCGGGAUGGCAAGUGUAGUCUUCCACACCCUCAGUGGCACUGCAGUUGCAUUAGCGUCGGUUGAUGCGUCGCUCGAGGACAUUCAGCGACUGGCCGCCCGUCUCAUUCCCUGCACACGGUUUUGGGUUGUCAUUCCGCCUCCUUCCAUCCGCGCCGCUAAUAUGCACACGCACAUCCGCCUUCGCAACGGUGAUGCUUUUGGCUUUUUGCCUGACUCUUCUCAACCCGGUUCUACGCGGUUCCCUGCUCUGCACUAUCCGUCCCUUGAUCGGGCGCGGCAGGUUGCCAGCUGGUCGUUGUCCUUCAGGUUUGACACCGGAGGACCCGUCACCCUGUGGACAACCUCCAACCGUUUUGGCCAGUUGGUUUAUGUACGUGACAAUGCGUAUUGGGAUCCUCUUGGCCCCACUUUUCGAAGCUUAGGCGGAGAGACCCUAACCGGUUCCUGGGUACCAGUCCUUACAGGCGACCUGUCGGACCUACAUCUAAUGUCCCGCACCUCAAUUUCUGAAGCGCAUGUGCUCUUCCUUCUGCCGCCAGAGCAGACACCGGUGGGGGUCUUCCUAGCUGGCUGCAACACCCACCGCAUUCCCUUGGGCUGGCAAUUGUUACCUGCCAUCCGUUAUGUGCGUGCCGGUAGCACGCUGCGGGACGGGGACGUCUUGGUUAUCGCCCCGGCUGCCGAUCUGGUUUGGGACCCUUUCAGUAUCCGGCCUCCCAGUUUAGAUGAUGUGCAGCCGCAGAGUGCCCAGCACACUUGGCAUCAAUCUCUGACCUCUGCCUCGCCCGGCCCUACGGCUCUGCUAGGCUUUCUCGCGGUUUCGGUUGGUCGCGCUCCAUGGUGGUUAGGGCUUGCCCUCGGGGUUGUUCUAGGGUCUGGCAUGGUGCCAUCUUACGAGCUCCCCGAUCCGCCCAUCCGAGUCGGGCUGUACCCAUGGCGCGCGCGCCCUGGUGAGGGCGACCUCCUCGAUCUUUCGGUCCGCCCUGAAUUGGAUGUUGUUCUGCUUAGUCCUUUCACAGGGCCUCGGGAGGCCGGUCGUCUUUACACCUCCGCUGCCAUUACGGAGCUUCACACUUUGACGCAGGCCUGUGAGCCGGCAUGGGGUGCGGAUGCUGUGCCUGUCUGGCCGACUGCCGCCCUUCCUGCCUUGUUGGUCGUUCCUCGACCCCCUGACCCCAGCCUCGUGUGUCUGGCGGUGUCCUCGUUGGACCGGCAUUUCUCUGUCCUGAUUCCCUGCUCCUCCACCCUGUCAUGGUUGGGGGAGGCUCUCCGUUUCCUUCAACCCCUUCAGGCGCUCUCCCUGCGGGCACCUAGCUCCUUGGCCGCGUCAACGCCCCCUGACGGCGUUAUCCGAUGGCGUUCAGGCGAUCUUGUUGUCGCCCUGCCUCCGGCAGCCUUCGAGCCUACCUACCAGCCCCCGUGCUUCCACACUGACGCACAGGUUCGGCAUUGUGCUGUCUGGGCCGUCGAUUUUUCAGUCUCUGCCCGGAUAAACUUUAUACUCUGGCGCCCUGGGGUCCGUGCAACCCGGGGACAUGCACCCGAAGGGGCACAGUGGCGGGCCCUCGACUUUACUUUUGCUGGGGAAUUCUGUCAGCACUACCCUGGGCGUUGGGUGCCGGUACCCUGGAUCGCCCAAGAUCAUGCCCAUUUAGUUGUGGUGUCCGAGGACCCGACAUAUGUCAAUGUUGUCAUUGAAGCUGACGGUAGGUGCUGGUGUGCACCAGUCACUGCCGUGACGGACGCCUGGCAGUUAUGGACUGAUGUGCCCUCAAUUCCCACUCAACCACGAGUGCUGGGUCUUUCACACCAGGAACUGCGCCAAGGCACUGUCCUCCGCAAUGGUGACAUUGUGUCAGGAGCGCCCAAGGUCGCCCCGUUAUCGGGUGGCGUUUGGGUUCUCCUCGCUUUCUUUCUCUCUACCCGAUUUCUACCGACUUUCCCGAGCUCCUGGGUUCUGCUUGCUGGCUUGGUUUUCGGGUGGUACCAUGAGGCUGUUGGUGCCCGUCACCUUUCCAUCACAGUUGGCCUCGCUGCCGCCGGGCAGGGUCACGUUAGGGCAGUUAGGAUGCAUGACACACCUUAUCCUAUAGGGGAAUGUCACCGCCUAUGGGAGCCCUCCGGCUCUGUGUCAGGGCCGUUUUCUGGUCCUGUUGAUCGCCCGCCGGCGGAGUUGCGUCAUGCUGCUGUUGCGUGGUCUGACUUUACUCAAGUCCUGCCACCUCAAGAUCCUCGCAUAGUUGACUGGGUACCUGUCCCUUCAGAUCCACUCUUUGUUGUUGUCUUGCUUCAGUGCCCGCCUGCGACUCGAGCAGCAAUCUUACCAGCCACCUGUCAUGCUGCAGACCUUAUCCGUGCUUGUCGGCGGUCGGUUCCUGAUUUAGCUUGUGUUUUAGCCUCGCCCGAAAUCUGGUGUGGCACCGCCACUUCCUUUACCCCGACUCUUUUCCUUCGGUCAGGGGACGUGCUGACCCUGGCAUGUGCCGGCUGGGUUCCACGCUUGCGCUCUCCUAGUGGCCGCUUUUGGGAGACCUUUUAUCAGGCCCGUAAAUUUGCAUUUUGGGGUAGCCCCUUUCAGAUUCGUACGCCAGGCCUUCUGUUUGCGUGGUCGGCCGGUGAUCCUGUUCCCUUGACGGUUCACACCGUUCAAAAUGAAGUGUGGGACCCGGAACACUGCACAUUCCGUCCCUCCUUGGCCCGGUACAGUGUCGACCGUUGGAUCCCGGCGGCCCGCUGUGAUCUGCUAGGCCUCCACCUUGUCCCUGAGAGUCUUCAUCCGCAUCGUGCACAUGUUCUGCCUCUGCAGCCACCCCUUCGGUUGUUGGAGGUCUCCCGUUACAGCACGCGGGGUCUGAUUCGGGAUGGUGAUAGCGGCUCUCUUGGUAGCAGCGCUCCCUCCCCCCGUCUUAUGCUGUGCCUGGCUGGCCUUCUGCUGGCGCGGAAUGCAUUGCCGCUCUGGCCCAGUGGAGGAGCCCUCCUUUUUGCAGGGGCCUCUUUCGGUGCGUUUCCCUUCAGUGGCACCCUUGUCUUACCGACUGUUUCUUCUGUUGCGAUGCCGGUCUUUUCCCAGACUCUUCGUGUGGUGUCGCCCAAGUGGCCGCCGAUUGCGCCAAGCCGGGGUUCUUUCACCGUUGUCGGGGGACCUCGCCGUGGAGGAGCGCUGCCCUUUUGGCUAGCUGCCCCUGAGUCAGCUGGGAGGCCUUUUGCCCGGACUGCUCUUGUUCCACCGGCAUGGUCCGCGUCCCUGCUUGACUGUUAUGGCCGUGCGUGGGGAGCGCCGGCCGAUGACCGCGACUUCGACGGUUCUCCCGCGACUUCUGCGAUGCAUUGUCUUGAUUUGCAGGACGCCGGGUAUCAUUAUGCCGGCUUGGCCGCGCAUUAUUUGUUUAAGCCCCUUCUCACCGACCUUCCUUCGUCACUGGCUUCCCUGCUCCAUCAGGGAUGGUGCCGGUUUCCCCGUUGGCCAGGCGGUGUUCCGGACGAAGUGUUCAUUGCCACUGAUGGUAGUGGGUUAGGCAAGGGUGGUUGGGCCAUAGCUGUGUGGGUCUCGUGGAAGGGUAAUUGGUACCGCCUCGGCUGGGACGCCGGCAGCCUAGCAUCUACACCGUGGCUUCCCUCGUUUCCUGCAACCCAUCUCGACCUUCGUUCCUACCUGGGGGAGCUGAGCGCUUUAGUGUCUGCUGCUGCGUGGUUCACAGUGUGGUGGGACAACAUGCAGCUCCUGACCGGGAACGCGCCUGCCAGGAUUACCUUAGCUGUUGACAACAGUGCAGCGCUUCAAGUCGCAGGGGGCCAUGCUUCGGCGACAACGCCGCAUGCCCGUGUCUGCCGGGCUCUAUGGCAGUCGAUCCAGUCCCGAUGUUCGACGCACUUCAGGCAUGUGCCAGGCCAUACUGGCAACCUCGUCAAUGAAAUUGCCGAUGCCUUGGCCGGGUACGGAACUGCUCAUGACUGUUGUGCAUCCGUCGGAUGGUGCCGUCUGCCGGCUACAUUUGGUGACUCACUUUUAGAGUGUGCCCCGCUCAUGUGGCUCUUGCCGCAAGCUUGCCUGCAAGAAGGCCGGUUGUGUUGGCGCUCACCGGGAUGGGUUGAUUGCCCCCGCACGUCCAUUCAAGAGCCCCCGCAGAUACAGCCGCAGGUGCGACAAGAUGACGAGCAGGUCAAACCUCUUCGUACCACUGUCACUCUUGUGCAAGCCAACAUCCAGACAAUUAAAGAUGUUGAUGUGUCCUUCUUCAAUAGGGAUGGACACGGACAGCGCCGCAUCUACCUGGCUAAACAGCUUCGAGCUCUGGGGGUACAUAUUGCUUUUCUUCAAGAGUGCCGCAGCCGCCCGGGCCGAUGGUCCUCCCACGGCUUUCUCAGCUUCCGUUCGGGAGCCGAGAAAGGGCUGUUCGGGGUCGAAAUUUGGAUCCGCCCCGACCUGCUGCACCCUGCUUUGAGUCUGGAUGACUUCCGCAUCCGUUUUGCCAGCCCGAAAAUUCUGUUAGUGCAGUGUCAACGCGCUGAGCUCCCGGUUACUCUGGUUGCAGCCCAUGCACCUCAUGCUGAGAGGCCGGACGCGGAGAUUCGGCGGUUUUGGCAUGAUCUCAGGACGCAACUUCUUCCUGCCUGCAAUCGCGGUACUGUUCUGUUGGGUAUUGAUGCCAAUGCUGACUUUACGGGCCGUGAUGAGGAAGAGACCCUCGUUGGCGACCUUCUUAAUCUCCGCCCAGCCAGGCUUGGUGACGAUCUCCUUCUUGCCUGUGCUCAUGACACGGCGCUGGCUGCCCCUGGCACUUGGUCUGAGGCCUGCACUGGACCCACUUGGACCUGGCAGCACACAGGCGGUAAGACCCAACGCUUGGACCACUUGCUUAUUACCCAUGGCACUCGGGUCUCUCAGUAUCGCCAAUUUCCUGAAUUUGAUAUCUUGAAUGGCGAAGCAAGGGAUCAUAUGCCCAUUGUCAUUUCUGUUGACGUCUCCGGGAAGUCAGCAGGUAAAAUGCAUCCACGCUGUCCCUACUCGGCUGACUCCGGUGCCGCUGUCGCGGAAGCUGUCUGGGACGCUCUUCACCAGUCCACACCUGGUAGUAGUGCGGAGAGAGUUCAGCAACUUUGUGCUGCCCAUGCCCGUGCGAUCCGCUGCCUUCCUGCCCGGCCCCCUCUUCAGAAACGGCAACCUUAUCUGUCCGACGUUGCUGCUGGCCUUCUUGACACUCUUCGUGACGCACGGGCCGAGGUUAGGCGGCUUCGCACCCUCUAUCACCGGCAACUCUGUUUGGUUGCCUUUCGGGCAUGGUGCCGCCGCCGCGUUGAGUCCCCAGCCCUGCCAUGGGAACUUCAUCAGGUUCGCAUGAUGAUGGCGCAUUUUGCACAUGUUUGUUUCCGCCUUCGAGCUCAGGCUCAUGCACAGGCACGGCUUGAUAAGCAGGCCUACUUCGAAUCCAUGCUCCUCGGCGCAGUCGAUCACUGGCAUGCCACCGGGCGCCCUCUCGAGGCGGUUGCCAAGCUGUCUUGGGCGUCCAAAGGUGCCAAGCAAAAACGUGAUGUUAGGGCCGCCAGUGGGUUUGACAUCGAUGAGCAACUCCAGCUACAAUUCCAGCAGCAGGAAGAUGGCCGCCCGGUGUCGGAUGCCCAAUUGAGCGCGGCCUUUUCUCUUUGGGCUGCUGAACCGCGUGGCGUUUGUCUUUUAGCCUUACCCACCCUUCUUGACGUUGAACACAUGUGUCGACUCCAGCGCCGAGGCAAGGCCCCUGGCCCGGAUCACAUUCGUAAUGAGGUCUGGCGAACCCACCCCGAUCGCGCAGGCCGAUGGUUGUGGCCUAUGUGGGUUCACCUCGCUUGGGGCGAGGCCGAGCCACUUCACUUUAAAGCUUCUACUGUGGGGGCUCUCCACAAAAAAGGCCCAGCUCACAUCCCCGCCAACUUCCGGUCCAUAGCCAUGCUGAACGGAGUGGCUAAGUUGUGGCACUCCCAACUUCGGGCCACCCUGGGUCAGGAAGUUAUUGCUCACUACUUUCCGACCCAGCUCGGGGGUAGGCGAGGCGUUGACACCGGCCUUGCCCUCACUGUCUUCCGCUCAGCUGUCGACUUGGCUUCCGUUCAUGGCCGGUCUUGGGCUGCCUUGUUUGUCGAUAUUCAGGCCGCAUAUUAUGAGGCAGACCGAACUUUGCUUUUCCACGGUCGUGACCUUGAACCAGCUCUUGCGGGCCUGCAGCUGCCUCGUCAUGUUCAUGGCCUGAUUCAGGAUGGCGUCCUAGCGGGUCUCGGGGUUCCCGCUGACCAGAUUGCUCUCCUGCGUGACUGCGUUGAAUGCUCGUACUGGCGCCUUGUCGGCCAGCACCAAGCUAUUAUGGCAGGUCGAGGGUCCCGGCCCGGGGACGGACUGGCCGAUGUCCUGUUUGGAGCCUUGUUCGCAGUGAUUUUGCAGUGCCUCCAUUUUGCGCUCAAGGCCGAAGAAAUAGUUCAUGCCACUUCCUCUGAUGCCCUUGGGCGACCUGAUGCGUCCCUUCAAAUCGCAUGGGCUGAUGACCUUUGCCUGCUUGUUGAUUUCAUCCGAGCCACUUGGGCUGUCUCGAAGUUGCGUCGCCUUUGCACUAUUGUUCUCCAAGUUUUCGAAGCCUUUCGGUUCCGCGUCAACCUUGGAGCAGGUAAGACCGAAGCGCUCGUUCACCUGCAAGGAGCAGGGGCUAAUGUUGCCCGCAAGGAUCUCUUAACCCCUGAGCCCCUUCUUGCCCUCAGUGAUGGUAGAGGCAUUAGGGUAGUCCCUGAAUAUAAGUACCUUGGGGUUGUGCAGCGCUGUCGUGACACUGGUCGACGGGAUGUCGAGGCCGCCGCCGCGCGUGGCAACUCUAUCUGGACUCAAGCCUCUGGACUUGUCCAUUCUGAGAAGUUGCCGUGGAUGCUCAAGUCCGUAUGGCUGCAGGGAAGGACUCUCCCUGCCGCGUACUCCUCCCUUGCCACGACUUUAGCUCGUUCUGACCGAGCUUGGGGACCCCUGAAUGGUUUCUACGACAAAUGCCUUCGCCAGCUCGUUGGGUCUUGGGAUGCUGGGCACCAUGUGGCCUCUGUCCAACUGCGAGCUUGUACGGGGGUUCUUGAUGUUGAAUGUGCUACGGUUAUCGCUCGUGUGCGCCUGCUCUGCCGCAUUGCCUCGGGCCGCUCCCCUGAGGUCUUUGAACUGUUCCAGGCCAGCUGGGAUCGCGGCGGGGAAUGGUCUUCCCUCCUUGCUGACGCGGUGCGGCGUGUUUGGCCGGCCUGUGGCCUACCGGCACUCCAGACAGGCGAGCCUACCCUUCUCUGUGUGCGCCGGCAUACCAAAGAGAUCCUCUCGGCCUGUCGCCGGAUCAGUCGGUCCGGCACUAUGCUGUUGGCUCUCCAUCGGGCGUGGAGAAGUCAUGGCGGUCCGCCAGCCAAGCGGGUGAUUGGUCUCGCGUCCCCUCACAUAUGCCCGGAGUGUGGUGCGACUCUCCCUUCGGCCCAUGCCUUAGCGGCGCAUGCCCAUCGACUUCAUGGGCGCGUUGCUCUGUGCACCCAGUACACGUUGGGGACGACCUGUCUGUGGUGUAUGGUCGAAUUCCAUAAUGCUGCACGUCUCCGGUACCAUCUUUUGCACUCACCGAGCUGCGAGCACGGGCUUCGGUGCUGUGUUGGCCCUGUAUAUGAGUAUGGUACAGGCACCAAACGCCGCGGCAAACAGGGCCAUGCCAGGGCCCCGGUUUUCCGCGUUGCAGGCCCGUGUAAUGCUACCGCGGCACAGCGUCGUGCCGCCGAGGAGGGGCGUUGCUGUACGGAUGAGGAGCUCGCUGCUGAGUUACGCACUAUCGCCCCUGGUCCAGGCUUCUCUGAGGGCACUCGCUCCUCUCCUGUUGUGCCCUUUCGCCGUGCAGGUGGUUACUCUACUCUUCCCCCUGGUGAAGAGGCUAGUACGAUCUCGUGCCCUGAGGUCUUGCGCUCACCACUGGCUCCUGUUGCUUCCCCCACCGGAGCUUUUGACUUUGGUUCACCCACCACCUCGGUUCGGCUCCUCUCUGUUGACACCGCGGCUGCCUCUGCUUGGUACCAGACGCAUCCAACGGAAGGGUUCUGCACUGUCUAUUGUUUCGACGAGGCCCCUGGCGCCUCGUCGUUCUGCGUCCCCUCUUGCCGGUGGUGUGCGGUGCCUCCAGCCAUCUGGUGUCUCCCGCCAUCGUGGGGGCGGUGCUGGAAACUCUUUCUUGCCCUGGAGUCGCUUCAUCCGUGGGCAGCUGAGACUUGGAGACUGUCUGCCUUUCUGCGUCAGGAGGAACGCCCCUCUCCAAGCGCCGCACUCGGAUGCUUGACAUGCUUUGAGCAGAUCGCGGCACAGCGGAUCCUUUUCCUGCGGCGACUGCUCACCUGUCUCCACUUGCUUCGUCAGCUUAAGGCUGGGGCUGCUCUGUGGUGCGCUGUUCCCCUGCCUGGCGCCUUCUGGGAACUUCUGCGCCGUGUCGUACCUCACGCUGUGGGUACAUCGGCUGUCGCCGUGCUUGGUUUUGGCACUGUCGUUAGCCUCCCUGCGGACCGCGGCCUCGCCGCUUUUCGGUCCGUCUCGUCUCUUGCACAGGAGAAGGCCCUGACUCCAGCAGCCACGCCGAACGCCUUGGUUUUCUGCUUUCUCGUGACCUUCUGGCUUCUCAAGCUGGUGUAUUGGGUGCUUGGGCAGAGCGCAGUGAACAAUCUACUGACACUGUUCGCCUGGAUUGUGCCAUGCCGCGGUUGCUUCAAGAGAUCUCGAAAUGCUGUCUUCGACGAGGCCUUUACCGAGGCUCCCAUGCGUGAGAUGAUCCGACGGAGGAUCAACCACAGUUACAAUGUCUGGGACGCGGACGGAUUCGAGUUCCUGACACCGGCGUCAUCCAAGCUAGGCCAGUGCAAUGACAUCCAGGCGAAGAAAGAUGUGCUCCAAAAGCUAGUCCAUGACCUUGUGGUGCAUGGAGGAUAUGCGGCAGAAUCUGAUGCCCUGAAGCAAACACUGGAAUCCUUAAGGCCUCAAGUUGCAGGCAGUCGUCUCCGCUUUGAUCAGAUCUUGAAGGCUGGUGUGGCUCAAGCUCAAGAAGCUCAACAACAGUUGAGAUUGAGCAGUCUGUGGUCACAGGCUAAUCCCGCCUUGGUUGCCAGUCCAAGCGAAGAUGAUGCCAUCAGUCACCCGGUUGCUAAAACUUUGUGGCGUGACUUUAUGAGCGGCCUUGAGAUACGCAGUGGUGUGGUGAUGCAAAAAGCCCUAAAUCAAAUGGCAACGCUGGGGAUUGCAAUUCCACCCAUGAUCUUUCGGAAGGUCCAGCAGCUCUCUGAGCAAGAUAAUGGUUCCAAUGCUAUUGGUCUUAGCUCGCCGCCUUUGACCCAGAUGAAUCCUGAUUCGAAUCCGCCGGAAAGCUUGUUAGACAUGGAGUGGUUGUCUCUUCAUGAUUGUGCUGGCUCGCAACGACGGAGAAAUCAAUCAGAAGUUCGUUCUUUGAAGCCCUUGGUUGAUGGAAGAGCGCCUGGCCCAAGGGACAUUCUCAAACUGUGUUGGCAGGCGGGCCUGUAUGUGAACAAGGCUCAAGUCGUUCCCCUGACGUACAAGCCUGCUACCAAACAGACGUGCAAGUCCAGCCUGAAGCCGAGCCUGCCUGCUACUAGCAAAGGUUCCGUCCUCAUAGGUCUCACUGUGAGGUUGCAAGGAGGUGGUGGGGCUGCCGCUUUCUACACGACCAAAUCGAAGGUGGUACUUACAGGACGUGAUGAUCAAGUGAUUGCUAAACUGCGGGAAUAUGUUUCACCUUUUUCAGAUAUUCUCCCAUCCAAAGCGAAUUCUUUCGGUUGGGGACUCCCUUCCCCUGCUGAUUUUGAGAUGCAGCUUGGGAUUUGA